CAGAGCAAGCUCUCUCAACAGGAGCUCGCUGAUCUCCAGAAAGCGACACACUUCGACAAGAAGGAACUGCAACAAUGGUACAAGGGUUUCUUGAAGGAUUGCCCCUCCGGCAUGCUCACCAAGGAGGAGUUUCAAAAGAUCUACAAACAGUUCUUCCCAUUCGGCGACCCGUCUUCAUUCGCAGAUUAUGUCUUUAACGUCUUCGACGCGGAUAAAUCGGGCACAAUUGACUUCAAGGAGUUCAUCUGCGCACUGAGCGUUACCAGCCGAGGGAAGAUGGAGGACAAGCUGGACUGGGCAUUCCAGUUAUACGACAUCGAUGGCGAUGGGAAGAUCAGCUAUGAGGAGAUGCUGGCUAUCGUGGAGGCGAUCUACAAGAUGGUCGGGUCCAUGGUCAAGCUCCCCGAAGACGAAGACACGCCCGAGAAGCGCGUGCGCAAGAUCUUCCGCAUGAUGGACAAGGACGAGAACGGAAGCCUGGACAUGGCCGAGUUCAAGGAGGGCUCCAAGAGGGACGAGACAAUCGUUUCGGCACUGUCGCUGUACGACGGGCUUGUCUAGCGCCUCUUCUCCUUCGUCUUUAGUCCUACCUGGUGUUCGUGGGGUCAUGAUAUCAAACAGUGCAUGGGUUUCCUUUGGUCUUAGCAUGCAGGGGGUGGUUAUUGCUUCCGAGCGUCACAAUUGGGGAUACAUCCGUCGAUGAACAUGAGCGUAGUAGCUGGAGUCUCUGCAAGUGUACGAUUCUGAAGGCGCGGAAAUGGAAUUGCCAGAAGAACGUCUGCAUUGACUGCUGUGAAGACUGACGUGACCUCGAGCUAGUAAAUCUGCCUUGCCAAGAAGGAUCGUCAGCCACGCCAGGUUGAGGUGAGAGAUGAAGCGAACGUUCCGGACAGCUUGCCUGUAA